GACUGAUUGUGUAAUCUGUCAUCAAUCGUCUUGUAAAAGGCAGGGGAGCAGUGUGGGUUUUAAGUUUGCGUUAAUUCCUUCAUUUUUACGUUUGUACCUUUUCGUUUAGGUGUGACAAACUAAACUAUAUAUUUAUUCUUCGUGUCAGGAGGAACUUAAGUUAGACUUGAAGCGUCUUAGGCGAACUUAACCUGCUACUUAGCUUAGCUUGUUAGCUGCUAACAAAAGACACCCGGAAGUUAUCAACGCAUCACUAAAGCAAAAUGUUGAGAGUUUUGGUGAAUUAGCGACUAACUGCGGCUGUGGAAGAAAUAUUUGUAGUGUUAUAAAGAAAGAUAGCAGAGUACGAGGGGGAAUUUUCUCCAACAAAAGAGGAGAACGAGCGACAACGUCAACUACUGGACGCUGUUUUCAAGAAGCAUCAAGUUGUGCUACACAGAACAGUGUUUUAGUGAGAUUAUAUGGUACCUGAAAGUCGGAGGGGUGUGGCCACGGGUGGGGUGACCGCCAGUGUCUCCGGUGGGAGGAGGCAAGAGAGUCCGCAGCUGCAGGAGGACGCAAGCUCCGCUCAUGUCUACGACGUCUGUGAAGAACAUCUUCCUCCUGAGCAGCAGAAGUGGACCUCCAGGAUGGAGCAGGAAAAACCACAGCACCCCCACAUUACUCAGGAAGAGGAAGAGCCACACCCCACCCGCAUUAAAGAGGAAAAUGAGGAGCUUCAGCCCCCCCUCUUUAAGGAGGAAGACGAGGAACACUGCAUCAGUCAGAAUGGAGAUCAUCUUGAAGGACUGGAGGAAGUUGAUGUCCCCAAGAUGCCAUUGACUCUUGUCAUUGUGAAGAGUGAAGAUGAUGAGGUCAAAAGUGAAAGUGAGGAGAAGAGAGAGGUGGAGCCUCCAAGCAGCAACUCAAUUCAACACAUGACAACAGAAGCUGAUGGAGACCACUGUGGAGGAUCACAAGCAGACAAGCUCUUAGCUCCACUAUCAGAUAGUGAUGACAUGACGUCAGACUCUCCUGACACCGAUGAUAAAAUCUCUAAAGCAGAGACGACGUGUCAGACCGACAACACACGCUUUAAAUGUUCUUACUGUCGCAAAACUUUUAAUCACCGUCGCAAUUUCAAAACACACAUGAGAAUACACACUGGUGAGAAGCCCUUUUCCUGUUUAAGCUGCGGUAAAAGCUAUACACAAAAUAAUAGUUUGAAAAUACACAUGAGAACACACACCGGAGAAAAACCUUUUAUCUGUUCAGUCUGUGCUAAAAGUUUUGCACACAAUAUUAAUUUGAAAACACACAUGAAAACACACACUGGUGAAAAACCUUUUAUCUGUUCAAUCUGUGGUAAAGGUUUUGUUCGAAACAGGGAUUUGAAAACACACAUGAGAACACACACUGGCGAAAAGCCUUUUGUCUGUUCAGUCUGUAGUAAAUGCUUUACAAAAAAUACGAAUCUGAAAACCCACAUGACAACCCACACUGUUGAAAAACCUUUUCUCUGUUCAAUCUGUGGUAAAGGUUUUUCAGGAAAUUGGGUUUUGAAAAUACACAUGAGAACGCACACUGGAGAAAAACCUUUUAUCUGUUCAGUCUGUGCUAAAAGUUUUACACACAAUAAUAAUUUGAAAACACACAUGACAACACACACUGGAGAAAAACCUUUUAUCUGUUCAAUCUGUGGUAAAGGUUUCGGUCGAAAUAGUGAUAUGAAAACACAUAUGAGAACACACACUGGCGAAAAACCUUUUGUCUGUUCAGUCUGUAGUAAAAGUUUUACAAAAAAUACAAUUUUGAAAACACACAUGACAACACAUACCGGUGAAAAACUUUUUGUCUGUUCAAUCUGUGGUAAAAGUUUCGCAGAAAAUUGGGUUUUGAAAAUACAUAUGAAAACACACAGUGGAGAAAAAAUGUUUAUCUGUUCAAUUUGUGGUAAAGGUUUCACACAAAAUAGUGAUAUGAAAGUACACAUGACAAUACACACAAGUAAAAAACCUUUUUCAUGUUCAAUCUGUGCUAAAAGUUUUAUACGGAAAGACCCUUUAAAAAUACACAUGAAAAUACACACCAGUGAAUAGGGAUGGCAAUCGAAAACCUGUUCUUGUCAGAACUGGUUCCUAGUACAUCAAUUCCUUGGAAUCGCUUGCCAUCUUUUUUUCUGGUUGGGGGUGAUGUCAUUACGCAAAGUGCGUACGGCGUAGUGACGUCAGGCCUCAAGACGGUGAUGCCUGGUUUGAGCAAACACUAACAUUUUACGAGAAAAGAGUGUGACUGCGCUACUUGCAACUAUUAUAAGGCUGCUAUUUCAUCAAGAGAGCGAGUGAGCGAUCAUGCCCCUUUUCCCAGCUAUGAGAUGAAGACGUUUGCAACCUCAUAGGAGGUCAAGCUCACACUUUACAUCCUCUGUUUUCCAUCUUCUAAUGGAAUGGCUGAGCGAGCCAUAAAAAAUGUCAAACAUGCAUUGAAAUAAGCAAUGCAGAAUGACCCACAUCUGGUGCUGUUGUCGCUGAGGGACACACCCGUGACUGGACUGAGCAUUUCAUCUGCACAAAUGUUAAUGGGCAGAGGACUCUGCCCAUUUGUCAGUUGUCAUCCAUCAGAGAAAGGAACCAUGCUCCUACAGGGACAAAACUAAGGAAGAACGGGGACAUCUGAGGAAGAUACAUGCAAGUUUGUUCACUGAUGCCCGCCAGGAUGAACCUAGUGGACUUUAAUACAUACUUCACAGACAUCUGAGUCAGUUGAUCCACCAGAACGGGACUCCAAUAAACAUUACUCCUCUUGUGAGUAUGGAAUGUAUGCCUGACAACCACAUGAGAUUUGGCAGAGAGAUCAGACCCCCUGCCAGGUUUAGGGACUAUUUUCCUUGACUCUUUAUGUUCUUGAUCCAUGUGUCUUAAGCUUUUUCGACUCUGUAUACAACCGAAAGAGAGGGGAUCCAGAGUAAAGUAUGCACCGUAUAUCAAUGCUUUAUUUAUCCAUCCAUCUAUCAAUUUUCUACCGCUUAUUCCCUUUUGGGAUCGCGGGGGGCGCUUGUGCCUAUCUCAGCUAUAAUCGGGCUGAAGGAAAGUCGCCCCCUCAUCACAUGCUUUAUUUAAUUGAUUAUAUUUGCAUAUUGAUGAUAAAACUAAACAAAUAAGAUUUGAGGUAAUCAAAAGAUGUCACUUGUUCAUUCUAUAGUCAGAUUAAAAGCAGAUGUGUUUGGUGUUCAUACGCUA